AUGAACUACUCGCUCCUCAUCCUCUCGCAUCUCCUCGUCGCGCUCAUCUCGCUACUACUGGUUACAUCGUCGCCAUCGCCCUCACCGGAUCCAUACCCGGCAGUCAUCUCCUUGCCUGCUCGGCCGGUCCUCUCGGCAACUGCGUCUGCACCUCGAGCGCCCCCAGAGGUGGAGCAUGACCUCCUUCCCUUUGUCCUAGUCUCGACGAUAGAUGGGGCGCUACAUGCUGUGGACAGGGAUGGUGGACAGAUCAGGUGGUCUUUGAAGGAAGGGGUCGACCCGCUCAUUGGCGGCGGGGCCGCAGGGAGCGGGAGCGAGGAGGACUACAUUGUCGAGCCGCUCAGUGGGAGCCUCUUUGUCUUUGAGGAAGGGGACGAGAUGGAGCACGAGUCGCCAAAGGUCCGAAAGCUGCCUCUUUCAGUCGACAAGCUUAUCGAGCUCUCACCAUUCACAUUCCCCCAUUCCCCUUCACGCGUCUUCACCGGCUCCAAAGCUUCGUCACUCCUCACCGUCGACCUUAGAACAGGCCAACAACUAGACUGCUUCUCCUCCCUCGGCUCCAACCGCUCCGACUACUCACAAUGCACCUGUGAGAAUGAGCAACUUCUCGACGACCUUGAACAUCGUUCCCGCUCCAACCGAGACGUCCUCUUUGUCGGACGCACGGACUAUCGGCUCACCAUCCAUACGCCACCGGGGGCGAGCGCCAUGUCUGGUAUCACCAUAGGCGACAGGCCUCGGAGCGGCGUACAGGAGAUCAUGUACUCUACGUACACGCCCAACAGCUAUGAUCGGCCAUUGGCGGAGUUCUGGGCCAAGAUGGGGAAUGGGGAGAUGUACGAGGAAGAUGGGAGUCUGGCGAAGAGGAUGAGAGUUGAGCUGGGGCAUGAUGGUGUAGCGGUAGGUGUGGAGCAGGGCGGAGGGGUGAAGUGGGUGACAAAGCUGGGUAGUGUUGGUAUUGCCGUCUACGACAUCCUCCACCCUCUUUCGCCAUCAUCCGCCAACCCCAUCCUCGUACCUCAACCCCCUCCACACCUCAAGUCUCUGUUCCCUUCGCCCGCCCAACCUCAUCCGGCGCACCUCGACAUCCUCUCGAAACGCCCCUCCACAUAUAUCGGUACCGUCCCCAACCUCCCCGCUCUCCUUCCUCCACCCGAUACCUCAUCCUCCCCUCGGCCUACAUCCCCAACCUCCCCACAGCGCCCACUGCACUACGCACUCUCAUCCUCCUCUUACCCGCUCAUCAACUUUGCGCCGCCCCCUCGGCCCGGAUCACUAGCGAACGGGUCGUUCCUACUCUCGGAAGACCUGCCGGAGAGGGAUCAGCUUUUACCGUAUCUCCUCGAUCCGCCAGUGGAGGAGAAGGGGAUUCCGCCGCCUGAAGAGGACAGAGUGGAUAAGCGGCCCAUCAGGAACGAUGGGAAAGAGAGGGGUUGGGUCGUUUGGAUGUUGGGUGCUACCGGUGUACUGGCUCUGUGCGGGCUGGUUUCGGCCGUGCUGUUGCGACGCGGUCGCAAAGUACCGGAGGCAGUAUCUCCGCCUAUACCCGACGAGAAGACACUGCUUCUUGCAGUCGAAGCGGCGUCGAAAGAACGAGCCGUCACUUUUGUCGAGCCGACCAUCCUCAAGGAAGUCGACGGGAAUACUGGAGCUGCCGGCUCUGCCGAGAGUGCCGAGGGGGCCGAUCUGACUGCGACGCCCAAAAAGAAGUCGGCGCGGCGGAGAGUUAGGGGCAAGAAGAAGCCGAAGACAGAUCUUGGGGAGAAGGAGGAUGAGGAAGGAGCGGAGGAUCAAGAUGAGGAUCUGGGGAGUAAGGGGGAGAAACCACUGCCUGAGUUGCCGAGGGAGAUGUCGGCUGUGGAUCUGACGGUUGCGGAGGAUAAAGAGCAGCUGGCCAUUUCAGACUGUAUCAUCGGCUAUGGAUCUCACGGUACCGUCGUUCUCAAAGGAACAUGGGGUGAUCGACCCGUAGCGGUCAAACGCCUCCUCUCGGACUUUACCCGCCUCGCCUCGCAAGAAGUCAAACUCCUCCAAGCAUCAGACGACCACCCCAAUGUCAUCCGGUACUACUGCCAGGAACGUCGCGACAAUUUCUUGUAUAUCGCGCUGGACCUGUGCCAGGCGAGUCUGGCGGAUCUGAUGGAGGCGCCGGGGAAACAUGUCGAGCUGGCGAGCGCGCUGGAUCGGAAGCGGGCCAUGAGGGAGAUUACGCGUGGCGUGGAGUAUCUGCAUGGGAUGAAGAUCAUACAUCGGGAUAUCAAGCCUCAGAACGUAUUGGUGUCCCAGCUCAAAGAUGGCAGUCUUCGGAUGCUUGUCUCCGACUUUGGUCUUGCCCGUCGACUGGAGCACGACCAGUCCUCUUUCGCACCCACAGCCAACAACCUCGCCGGCUCCCUCGGCUGGCGCGCCCCCGAAUGCAUCAGGGGCCAAGUCAGGCUCACGGAGCCCUUCGACCCUUCUUCCUCUGGCGGCUCUGGCGGCUCGUCCACCUCUUCCUCUUCUUCCCUCGGGGACCUCCUCGACCCAUCCUCCUCGCUCAAGCCCACACCACCCGCUCACCGCCUGACCAAGGCGGUCGACCUCUUCGCGCUCGGCUGCCUUUACUUUUGGAUCUUGAUGUCGGGCCAACACCCGUACGGGGAGGUAUACGACCGGGAAUCCAAUAUCGUCAAGGGUGAAAUUGUCAAUAUGCCUCUGUUGGAUAUACUGGGGGAAGAAGGGGUGGAGGCGGGCGAGUUGAUAGGGAGGAUGUUGAUGCUUGAUCCGGCGGGAAGACCAGAGACGGGCGAGUGUCUGGUACAUCCGUUCUUUUGGACGCCGGCCAAGCGGCUCGGGUUCCUGUGCGACGCGUCGGACCGGUUUGAGAUUAUGGAGCUUGACCCGCCUGAACCACCGGUCGUCCAGCUCGAAGCCAGCGCGCCGGAUGUGGUCGGGAAAGACUGGUUCUCGCGCGCCGAUAAGGUCUUUACGAGCAACCUCGGCAAGUAUAGGAAGUACAAGGGUGGGAGCGUCCGGGACUUGCUUCGGGCUAUGCGAAAUAAGAAACACCACUAUCAGGACCUUGAACCAUCCGCUAAACGACAUUUCGGCCCCCUACCCCAGGGCUUCUUGCACUAUUUCACGAGCCGAUACCCCCGCUUAUUCUUGCAUGUGUAUGGGGUCAUCAAGGAUAGUCGAUUGCGACACGAGAGCAUGUUUGAGGGGUAUUUCAGAGCGGGGGAUGCGAGUUGA